GAGAUCCUACCGAACACCUGUCACACCUGAGCGAGCAGCCAAGAGACACACAGACAUGGCAGGGACGCUGGACGAGCGUGGCCUUCGCUGCUCCGUGUGCCUGGAGUUUUACACUGAUCCGGUCUCCACUCCAUGCGGACACAACUUCUGCAAGUUCUGCAUUGAAAAGCACUGGGACAGCACGGAGGCGUUUUGCUGCCCCAUGUGCAAGGAGGUGUUCAACAAGAGACCUGCCCUCCGGAUCAACAUCUCCUUCCGAGAUGUUGUCAAUCACUUCAAAAACACAAAUACCGGCAAUGAAGGCUGCCGGGCCAAAGCCGGCGAAGUGGCGUGCGAUGUCUGCACGGGCGUGAAGCUAAAAGCCGCGAAGUCCUGCCUGGCGUGUAUGGCAUCUUACUGCGAGAGUCACCUGCAGCAUCACAAGACAGCGGCGGCCCUGAGUAGACAUAAGCUGAUCGAACCGGUCGGGAACCUGGAGGACAGGAUGUGUGUGAAGCACGAGAAGAUCCUGGAGCUGUUCUGCGAGACGGAGGGAAAGUUCGUGUGUCAGAUUUGUGCUGAGGCCGACCACGACCAGCACCACGUCGUGACGGCAGAGGCCGCGGCGCAGCAAAAGAUGAUUCAGGUCAAGUGGCGAGAGAGGCAAGUGGAUCUGAUGAUUCAGGAUCGGCAAAAGAGGAUCAAAGAAAUCAGUGACUACCGGAAGCAAACCGAGGAGAACGCACAGAGCGAAAUAGAGGCGAGUGUUGGGGUGUUGGUGUCCGUUCUCGAGUCGAUCAAGAAGACCCAGGAAGAGUUUGUAGAGGAGAUUGGGGCGAGACGUGACGCCGAACAGAAGAGGUUCGAAGAGCUCACCGUGGAGCUGAGGCAGGAAGUAGAUGAACUCAAGAAGAAGAGUGUUGAGCUGAAGCAGCUCUCGCACAUCGAAGACCACAUCACCUUUGUGCAGGCGUUCAAGCAAGCCGUCAAUCUACCAUCAACUAAGGACUGGCCCAGCAUCCCUGUUAAUGAAGUGGACUUCCUGGGUUACAUGCAGACAUUUCUGACCAACGCAAAAGAGCUCAUCAACCUGGAAAUUAGACGACAGACAGCCAACGAGCUGAAGAGAGUGCAGAAAUUUGCAGCGGACAUCACCAUUGACCCCGACACCGCAGGGCCCUGGCUCAUUGUCUCUGCAGAUGGGAAAGAGGUCAGGCGGUCUCCAAAGAAGCAGAAAGUGCCAGCUAGCCCUGAGAGGUUCACCAAAAACACUUUUGCUGUAGCUAUACGGGGUCUGACCACAGGCAGGCACUACUGGGAGGUCGGAGUGAAGGACAAAUCCAACUGGCUGCUGGGAGUAGCUUCUGGCACUUUGAUGAGGAGAGAGAAGAUCACCCCCUCCCCGGAGAAAGGCUUGUGGGCUGUAGGUCACAGGGAUGGAGGGCAGUAUUUUGCGUGCACGCAAAAUCCAUCCCCUUUCAUGCUGUCUCCUCCUCCCCAGAGGGUGGGGGUGUUCGUGGAUUACGAGGAGAGGCAGGUAUUGUUCAUCGACGUGGAGGCCAAGGCUCGCAUCUUCGCCUUCACCGAGUGCGACUUCACAGGCAGGGUCUACCCCGUGUUUGACCCGUGUUUGGCAGCAGAAAAGAAGGAGGUAGCGCCUCUGAAAAUUCUGAGAUCAGAAAAUGAAAAGCUAGCCUAGAUUUGUGAGCCUAAGCAGAAAUCAGUUAUUGUGAUUGCACGCUUUACGGUAGGAUUGCAGUACAAAGGUAUUAAUUAUUUAGAAGCUCUCAAUUUGUGGAUUUGUUUGUAAGGUCAAGCUGAUGGUGGCGGCCCUGUGUGUACAGCAUGUGCAAUACAUAUCUGAGGUGAUCAAGUCUGCACUCUGAUCCAUAACACUGUUUUAAUUGUUUUUGUUGUAUCUGUCAGUUCUCGUACCAUUACAACGAUGCAUGGUGUCUGUAAACUAAAGCAGUGCGUCAUUUAGUCUCACUGGAUGUCUGCUUGACUGUAAAGUAAAGAUAUAUUAAACUG